AUGGAGUGUGAUUUGAGGUUGGUAAUCGCUCUGUUGGUGUACGCGACAUCUUGCGACGCAAAGCACGAGUCACAUGCACAUCGCUGUGUUCCCGGUUCGGAACUGUUCGUUUGCAUGCUCGCCAGAUUCGAUUAUCAGCCGGGACAGGACAUUCCCCUGUUUGAACUGCCGGCGGAUGUGAAAGCGAUACGUUUCGUAGAACCGUUCUACAACAUCCAUGACAACGAGAACACCAUUCAUAUGUACGACGGCAUACUGCAUCGACAGCUAAACUCACCGCAAGCUGUCGAACUAACCGGGUCCUACAUGACCUCGGUGGAGAUCCCAUCCAACCUGGAGUAUGCCGAUUUUUCGGACAAUAACAUCGAUCGCUUGCAUGUGCCCGCGGAUCAACCGUACGCCUUGCGGUUGCUCGACUUAAACCACAACCGCAACCUGCAGGUGGAGAACAUUAGCCGGCUCGUCAAUUUGGAAACGUUACACCUGUCCAGUUGCUACAUGGAGACACUUCCGGUAAACUUGUUCGAAAACCUAAACCGCCUUACACAUCUAACGCUCGCCAACAACAACCUGCACAAGAUCGAUCUAAACUGGUUUCCGAUGAGCCUGACGCUGCUACGGUUGGACCAGAACUGGAUGACGGAGUUCCAUUUCUCUGGGACCGCACGGUUACCGCUGCUGGAAGAUUUAAACAUCGAAUACAACGACCUGACCGCGAUCGACAUCAAUGCACUUGUGGAGACCGUACCCAAGCUGCGCCUCUUCUCGAUCGGGAGGAAUCCGUUGAAACGCACCGAGCUGAGCAGCAUCGUGGAUGAGUUGAACCGGCGGAACAUAGCGUACUACAAUAUGGAAGAGACGAGAGACCAGCAGUGUGGCGAAGAUGAACAUUACUUUCGUGGUGUUUGCAUGCCGGCAUCCGCUUUCGCGCUCGGUUGGGUCGAAUGGGUAGAGAUGAUAGUCUUUGUCAUUGUGUUGGCGGUGUUGGCGAUCGGGAUCGCUUUCGGGGCUCGUUUGCUAUGGAAGAGAUUCUACGCUAGUUAG